CCUGUUUUUGGACCUUUCUCAUAAAGACUUAAAAAAGGCAGAGACAGGAAAAUACAUUGUGUAACUAAUUGUUCUUGAGCAGUAUAUGAAGAUUCACAGCCUGCAAAUGAGAAGAGCAUCCGGCGCAGGAACUGGGAGGCUGCGAGCCACGCUCCUGCUCUGCAGGAACCCCUGUGGCCACCUCUCCUCACACCUCAUCCCUCCGCCGUCCUCCUGCUGCCACUGCCAGCGCAGCGUGGACAUGGGGGGCCGGAGAGGUCUCAGUGGCCGUGGACCGGGGCUGGCCCCUCUGGGGGUGCCCUCCUGCACCUCCCCGGGGGCUCGGCCAAGCCCUGCUCAUUGCGGUGGGCUCCUGCGACAGGGCACCGCCGCGGGACAGUGCUUCGCUGGGAGGACGGGGGCUCUUGGCUCUCGUGGCGUCUGCUACCUGGGCAUCGCUGCCAUCACAUGGGGCAUGGUGACGCAGGUGGAGGCCUGGACGUACAGCUACAGCGACCAAGGGGUCUACUCGUGGGAGCAGGCCAGGAACUACUGCCGGACCUUCUUCACCGACCUGGUGGCCAUCCAGAACAAGGAGGAGAUCAGGUACCUGAACGCCACCCUGCCCUUCCACAAGCAGUACUACUGGAUCGGCAUCCGCAAGCAGAACAGCGUCUGGACCUGGGUGGGCACCAACAAGGCGCUGACGAAGGAGGCGGAGAACUGGGCCAAGGGGGAGCCCAACAACCGCCGCUCCAACCAGGACUGCGUGGAGAUCUACAUCAAGCGGCAGCAGGAGGCGGGCAAGUGGAACGACGAGCCCUGCCACAAGAAGAAGACGGCGCUGUGCUACCAAGCCUCCUGCCAGGCCUCCGCCUGCCGCCCGCACGGCGAGUGCGUGGAGGUCAUCGAGAGUUACCGGUGCGAGUGCCACCCCGGCUUCGAAGGGGACGACUGCAGGACCGCCGUGCAGUGCCCCACGCUCGAGCCCAGAGGAGCGCGCAUGACCUGCAGCCAUCCCUUCGGAGACUUCCGCUACAACUCCACCUGCGACUUCGGGUGCCCGGAGGGGUUCGAACGGCAAGGUGCGGGCACGCUGCAGUGCCUGGCUUCACGGCGGUGGUCAGCGGAGACCCCCACGUGUGCAGCCGUCGCCUGCCCCGAGCUGGUAGCUCCCGAAAGCGGCCAGGUCAAUUGCUCCCACCCACACGGAGCCUCCGCCUUCAGCUCCACGUGUGACUUCUCCUGCCAGGAGGGCUUCGAGGUGACGGGACCGGAGAGACUGUGGUGCACGGCUGGGGGGACCUGGUCGGGGCCUCCCCCACGCUGCAAAGCCAUCACCUGCCCAGUGCUCAGCGCUCCAGAGCACGGAGAGAUGAACUGCUCCCACCUUCAUGACAACUUCAGCUUCGGUUCCGAAUGUGUCUUCUCCUGCCAGCCAGGGUUUGAGCUCACAGGGCCAGAGAGCCGUGAGUGCACAGCAAUGGGGACCUGGACUGGGGACACCCCACGAUGCAAAGCUAUCAGCUGCCCAGUGCUCUGGGCUCCAGAGCAUGGAGAGAUGAACUGCUCUCAUCUCUAUGGGAGCUUCACCUUCACCUCCGCAUGUGCCUUCUCCUGCCAGCCAGGGUUUGAGCUGAAAGGGUCACAGAGCCGUGUGUGCAUGGCCAUGAGAACCUGGACUGGGGACGCUCCCCGAUGCAAAGCCAUCAGCUGCCCAGUGCUGGAGCCCCCGAGCCGAGGCCGCCUGAACUGCUCUCACCCCCACGGCAGCUUCACGUACAACUCCACCUGCGCCUUUUCCUGCGAGGAUGGAUUUGUCCAGAUGGGAGCCCGGCUGCUCAGGUGUCAGGCCACAGGGAACUGGACCAGCCAUUCCCCUGUCUGCAAAGAGGAUGCUGCCCCCUUCUUAAAGCAAGUCCUGGUUUACACCAGCAGCAGUGCCCUGGUGGUAGCUGGCAUUGUGCUCUCCGGGACGCUCCUUGCCUUACUCGCCAAACGGCUCAGCGACAGAGACGAGAAGAAGAAGCUCCUGAACCCCACCAGUGACCUCGGAUCACCAGGCAUCUUCACCAACGCAGCCUACGACUCCAACUUGUGAGGUGCGUGCCGGCACCCUGCCACCUCGCGGCACGCUGGGCGACAUUCCUUGCUUGGAACAACCUGCGCGUGGAAAACCCACGAGCUUGCAGGCUCCUCUGCCUGGAAGUGUGUUUGGAGAGGGAGCAGGAGAACCCCCAGGUGCAGGCCAAGCAGGCGGCGAGCCUCCAACCACCUCUCCCCUCUCCUUGCAGGCAGGGGCUGCCAUGCCAUGAGGGCCCUCACACCCCACCCCGCAGCCCCAUGUGUGUGGAUGAGACCCCAGAGCUCAGCCCUGGGCCCUCAACUCGUGUGGGACAGGGGGAGCCCCCGGCUGGGUUUUGGGGGGCAAUAAAUAAA